ACUCCGCUGCCUCUGCCUGUAUGGCUCCCGUGCCUGUGCUUGGUUGGGCGUUGCCGUUCGCUCUGAUAGGCCACGGGGUGUGUUUCCAGCUUGUCGCUUCGCCAUUUGCCAGGAUCGAUCACAGAGGUAAAACAGCGGGAACGGCGGCAGGAUUGCGAUCGAAAACAAGUCGCUUGCGACACGUACGCGAGGCAGCCACAACGGUCAGGCCGGACAGCAGCGAGAGCAGCGGCUAUGAGCAGGCGGGGGGAGACAAGCGUGGGGAGGCAGGGGAGGGUGGGAUCGAGAAAGGAAAGAGCCCUGUGCUGAUGGAAUACUUCAUCAGGUGGGAGAGCAAGCUUGCUGUGGUGCUUUCUAUCGUGAACGGCAGUGUUUCCUUCGAGGCUGAGCUGUCACGUUCAGGCUGCAUGUACAUGGCGCACGGCGGUAUACAGGCGGAUGGGAAACCGUUCGCCGCGGUGAUGCGAGAAGACUUGGUGGCAGACCGAGGCAGCAUGGCUCGCCACUUGAGGGUGGCAAGUCGGCAGGUUACCCUGGCCAAAGCACCGUACGUGGAAGAGGUGACCGGCUUCCCCGUCGGCACGAUUCCCCCCCUGGGGCAUAGGACACGCGUGCCGACUCUCGUAGAUGCGGAGCUCCUCAAGUACUCCACCAUCGUCGGGGGCGCGGGAUGCCCAGGCUUCGACUCGCGGCUAUCCGUGGAGGACCUCCUCAAGGCCACCGGGGCCUCCAUAAUCCCGCUGGCUAGGCCGCGAAGCCUAGGGUUGGCAAGCGCGGCGGGCGGUGGUGGGGGUGGUCCCAUCGCGAAGGCGCCAAUGCUGAGCUGGUACUCGUCUACGGCAACGAUCCCGACGGGCGGGUUCCCGUCCAGCGCCGGCGACACGGGGGGGUACGGCAGCGGAGGUGAUGCGAACGGGGGUGCAUCUUUCCGUGGCAAAGGGUACCCACGGUAUGUUGCCGAGGAUGGCUAUGACGAGCGAGGGCGCCGGCAGGCUCGAGAGGACGACGUUUUCGAGCCCUCCGCGGCGGCAACGGCGGCGGCUGCAGCCGAGCGCAUGGAGGGGGCGGACCUGAACAUACACUCUGGGACCGAUGUCACGAGGAGGAGCAGUGGCGGCAGCGGUGACGGCGGUGGCUUGCUCGUUGGGGGGGGCGGGGGGGGGAGUGAUGCCCCGGGAGCGUCGGCUGGAGCGGGAGCGGCGGUUAAUCCGGAGGUUGAGGCCAGACUCCGGGUCAUAUCGGCAGCGAUGCAUGCUGUUUUGGCGGCGUUGUCGGCCCUCUCUGCACUUCCGGAAAGCGGUGGCGGCGGUUUACAGGGUAGUGUUACCACUAACAGCCACGGCGGAGGAAACGUUGAGGGGGCGGCGGCUUCCGCGGCCGUGUGUGAUGGUAGAACUUCAUUGGUCGAUGGAGACCCCAUGGGUGUAGGCUACCCUCACGUCGACGACUGCGGGGGCCGAGCGCAAAGUCACAACGGUAGCGUGGCCAGUGCUAGCGCCGUCGCCGUGGCUGCCGCCUCGGCACCGCCACCCGGUGCCCGGGAUGGUGCCUCCGUCGCGGCCAAGAACGCCGGGCCACAGCACUCGAGAGUGGAGUCGGUGGUGGAAGAUGGAGCGCCUCCGCAUAACAACAAGGGCGAGGAAGGUAUGAGACAGGGAGCACCAGCGUCAGCGGGUACCCCCGCCGGUAUAUCAGGGGCUGUGUCGGCGCCUGAAGUGGGAGGCGCUGGGGCGGCGGCGGCGGUGUACGGCCGGGAGCUUGCGCGAGCGGCGGGCACCCCAACGGUGGACGCUAUCGGCGGCGACGUGCACCUCGUGGCAACCGUAGCCGGGAAGCGGUCUCUCACGCGGCUGCUUCACUUCGUUGACCUGGUCCCUCCUGCAACCGAAGCGACUCCUGUGGCGAAUCAGACCUGCCUUGUAAGGAAGGCGUGGAUGGUGCCGGGAAAUACUCCCGACCGUCCUCCCACCCCAGUAAAGGUCCAGCUGAUUAUGGGCAAGACGCUCGUUGACCGGUUGGGACAGCAGGAGGCGCUCGUGGCCAUGCGGGGGGUGAAGAGAGGACAGCUGUUAUACAUCACGGGGCGCCCGACGCCGGACACCCGCAAGCACCACCUCGACGGUGCCCCCACCACCGACAGCAACAAGGACGACAGCGCCAAGCUAGAGACGUACGACCUGGUGUGCUGCUCGGUGAGGAUGCUCGAAGACGCCCCCCUCGUGGAACCGGAGCUGGUGGGCAAGGGGGACGAGUGGACGGGCGGCGGCGAUUACCUGGAGAUGGACCUCGAAGAGUCCGCCGUCGUGUACGUGGACUCGGCGAAGCGGCUCAAGGAGAUGGGCAAGUUUUUGCGAAAGACGCUGCUUGACGUCCCCGCCGUUGAGGGCGGUGCUAAACCGCCUUCGGGUGGCGAUAGGCCGCAGCGGCCCGCCCUGGCGGUGGACUGCGAGUGGAGGCCGGCGAGAGUCGCCGGGACGCCGGCCAAUCCCGUGUGUCUGCUGCAGCUGGCUGCGGGAGAAAGAACCUUCAUCGUGGACAUGUUGCACGUGUGCCGCCCGAAGAGCGCCGCUGUUGCGACCACAGCCGAAGAGGAAACGGCUUCGGGUUUGACGAAGAGGGAGGCCUUGCUCGAGGAGGCCCUGGGGGCCGUGCUUGGCUCGCCGGGGGUGGUUAAGGUUGGGCUCGGCCCUAAGGCGGACUUCCAGAGCCUGAUACGUUCUUAUCCGCACAUGCCCUGCUUCCGGAGAGUGUGCGGAGUGGUCAACCUGUGCCACGUGGCCAGCAACGCCUCCUCACUCCGCGGAAAACCGGCGGACGAGAAGGCUUCCCUCAGUCGCUUGUGCAACGUCGUCCUCGGCAAGCCCUUGGACAAGAGUGAACAAUGUUCUGACUGGGGCAGCAGGCCCCUGUCCGGCAGGCAGAAGCGGUACGCUGCGCUGGACGCACGGGCAACUCUUCUCUUACAUCGCGAACUUGCACCGGAGGUGCCGCCUGAGAGAAUGGAGUGCCUUUUCAACACGUUCGCGUACGACCACCGGGCUGACGGCAUGGUGUCCACCCAGACGCUGCCCUCCGCUCAAAGGCCUCCGGUAGCAAGGGGGAGCGCCAAAAGACAACAGGGGGGCGGGGGGUCGCGGGGGGGGCGCCGGAUGCGCAAGCUGAGGGCCGGUGGGUCUCGGCAGGAGCGGAUGCUGAGAAAGCAGCUGCUCGGGGUGACGAUGAUCAACGUGUCGGGGGUGCCACUGGACGUGGAAGGGUUGCGAGAUAACUGGCUAGGCCGGGCGUUGCCCGGCCUCACCAAGGAAGGGGCCGUCAGGGCGUGCAUCUUUCCACGGGGCGAGAUGCCCACCAGCGGCGAGCUGCCGACCGUCCUGCGCUUCGACCGGCACCAGAGCUUCGUCGAAUUCGGCAACGGUUACGCCCUCCUCAUGAAUUGCGGCGGGUCAAUAGACCGCGAGCAUGCAAGCGGCUUCCUGAACGAGAGUGGCACGAUGGCGGCGUGGUACCUGGAGGGAAAGCUGUCCUCUGACGCUGCCUUCGUCGACAACGAGGCCGCGGAGUACCAGCGGCAGCAGCAGGACUCUCUGCGCCAGGAGCGACAAGGGACGACGGCAAUAGUGACACCACCAUCCGGGGGCAGGGAGGUGGCCGAGAUUUUCACCGGCAGGGGGGCACCCUCUUCAACGGGGACAGGGGACGCCGCCGACGGCGGGGGGGGCGGCGGCGACGCGAUCGGGAAGUUUCUGCAGAGGCUUGCAGACGCGUCGGGGACGCCUUCGUCGAUGCUGGGGGGCCUUCCGGAAGACGACCCCCCCGCCUUCAUGGAAGCACCACAAAGGGGGGGAGCGGGCCCCGCAGCUGGCGUAGGUGCCGGGGGCGAGGGCGCGGACCAGGAGCAGCAGCAACACCCGCCACACCUGGUCCUGUUCGCCAGGGUCAAGGGGCGGCCGUUCGUGUACUGCGGCGCGGUGGACUGCGUCGCGCAGGAGUACGUCUGGAGCGCGGGGUCUUCGCUCGGAAGGGUGCGGUUCACGCUGGCGCUGAGGGAGUGGCACGAGGCUGCCACGGCGGUGGUUCCGGCGGGGGCUUCCCGCCGAGAAGAGGGGGCACCGCGGAGAUCUAGUGUGGUGGGGGAGGUCGAUGCGGGUGUGUAUGGCGAGGGGAAUUCGUUUGCUGGGUUGGUUGAAGAGGGGUUCAGACGUUGAGGCCAGCACCGUAGCGAGGCUCUUGUUCUCUUUUGGGCGAGGCGUGAUGUGUCGCCGACGGAUAGUGACGGUGUCGUUCCAUGAGCCUCCUUUUUUUCGCCAGGAAAAAGGGCGCGAUAGAAAUGGUUGUCGCGACAAGUGAUUUUGCUUGGCGAGGUGGGUGUCGCGGUACUUGGUGCUGCGCGAUAAACCGCAGUUUUUGUUGAUGGUGGUAGAAAGAAGAGUGUACCUCGGUGAAGUGCCGGGUUAACUUCCUGCCUGGUAGGGAAUGGGACAUCGGCGUUAAGGUCGGCCUAUCUUAGUCGGAUGCACGCUUUUCCAUGUGCGAACAGGUGAACGCAGAAACGCCUCGUUCUUGAUUCGAUGUCGCGCUCUUACAAGCUCCCGUCGUCAAGUCAAGUUGGAGGGAGAGAGAAACACGAUCCCACGUUUGGUAUGUUCCACUUGUGGGUGUAGCUGUUGGUCGUCGCGGCGAUGUCUGAACUUUGUUAUCUCGUGAAUCACUGCAGUUUGUGUGUCGUUGCAUUGUAUUAUACACAGCCUUAUGUCGUUGUCCUUUGUACAAAUGUGUUUGAGGCUCGAGCUACCCAGUGGGGCUUCGGGUGCUAUUUUUUGGCGAUGAGGGGGUCCGUGACUGUAAUAGUGUCCGCAUAUCCCGGGGGUACCCAAGGGUGCCAACAUGUGCUUACCGGUGGCGCGGUACUUUUGUAGACUGGACCAGAGUUCCUUUGUGUGAGCCCCGAUCGGAGCUACUAGAAGACGAGAGCGUAGGGUAAGGUGGGUUGCGGCUGCAGGCAGCAGUCGUCUGGGAAGGUCUGAGUGCAGGAACAACAGAUUCGGGGCAGCAGUAUCAAUUAAGGUGUUCGUGAAGACGCACCCACUCGCACACAGUGGGUUGACGCGUGAUGCUCAGAG